AUGACUACAAAUUUCAACAAAGAAGUUAAAAUGCUCCGUGAAACUGAGGAGAACAAAAGAUGUGCAGACUGCUCUGCACCAAAUCCCCCAUGGGCGUCUGUGACUUACGGGAUAUUCAUAUGCUUUGAUUGUGCUAGUAUUCAUAGAUCCCUUGGAGUCAAAACGAGCUUUGUAAAGAGCGUGAAUCUGGACAUUUGGGAUGAAAAGGAAUAUUUGUUUAUGAAGCAUGGAUCAAAUGAGAAGUUUAAGAAGUUUCUGGAGCAUUGCAAGCUUGUUGGGCGGGAAAUGAACGAGAUUUACAACAACAACCACAUCAGGAAGUAUGGUGAAAGCGUUAAGAGCCUUGUUGUGAAGGAGAUAGGAGAAGAGGCAUUCAACAGGCCAAGGACUAGUACGGUUCCUAAAGAGCCAAGAGACUCGGAAGACUGGAGAAAGAGGUCUUCUACGGAUUGUGUAAAUAGAAGCAAGAGGUCCCAUGGUACGCCGGGGCUUGAAUCCAUUAGUACGGGCUCGCUUCAGAGCUCUAUUUCGUCUACUUUGUCUAUUGUUGGAAGCGCGAUUUUCUCGGGAGCAAAGGUAAUUACCGGAAAGACUGUGGAAUAUGGAAGCAUUGUUGUUAGCUCUACAAAGAGCAUUAUCAAAGACAACUCUUCUUCAUUAUCAUCUAUCUUCAAGAAAAAGGAUUUAAUUCCAAAGGAUCACAUAAAAGUCCCUGAAAGACAGGAGGUCUAUCCAAGGCCAGAUAAGUGGGACUAG